CGAUUUUUGUUGAUCUUUAGGCCCUUCAUAUAAUAUCAUUUCUGUGUCCUUCUUACAUGCUUGAUACCCCCUUUGUCAUUCUAGACAUACAACGAAAACAAAAAAGAAAGUAAUAUACGCCAUUGUAUAUUACUAUUUUCCCUUAUUCUGCCAAAAACGCCCAUAUGACCUGCUAUUAGACAGCCAUGAUCUCCAGCCUCACCACAAAAAUCGCCCUCCGCAAAGUCGGCCUCUCAGGCACCAACACCUCCCUAGACUUUUCAUCAUUCACAUCACCAUCCUCUUCUUCUCCAGCGUCCAAAAAUGACGCCAACAACAACAACAGCAACAACAACUGGUCUUCAUGGAUGACGCCCAAAUCUCUGCCCCUCAAAGUCCACCCGUGGUUCUCGCCGCCACCGCCUCCCGUCAAAGUCGCCCCCGUGCCUCGAAUCGGAGACGUCGCGCCGCAAGAUCGACAGAGGAGGCUGGAGCUAGGAAGGCGGAAUAAAUGCCUAGUUGUGUUUCUGAGAUGCGUGGGAUGUGCUUUCGCCCAAAAAACCUUCCUCACCCUCCGCGCCAUCGCAAACCGCCACGCCGGCUCCAUCACCUGCAUCGCAAUCUCCCACGCCUCCUCCCGCGCCACUUCCAAAUGGAUCGACAUGCUCGGCGGCGCCUGGAACGUCCAGAUUGUCAUCGACCAGGAGCGCGCCAUCUACGCCGCCUGGGGGCUCGGCGUCGCCAGCAGCCUGUGGUACGUGCUGGGGCCGACGGCCCAGGUCCAGGCCUGGAAGGAAACCGGCUGGCUGGGGGAGAAGGUGGCGAGCGCGAUUGAUGCCAAGAGGGGCAGCAGGGCGGAGGAGAGGAGGGUUGAGGCGAUAUUGACGCCGAGGAAGAAGGGAGGUGCUGCUGCUGCUGUUGCUGCUGCUGCUUCAAGUAAUACUAGUAGUAAAGGCAGUGGUGGUGGUGGUGGUGGUGAGAGCGAGACAAUCAACGAAAACAACCCUUCGACAGAGCUGGGCAGCAAAUGGCAAGAGGCUGGCGCUUUUGCCAUCGACGGAACCGGCACCGUCGUCUGGGGAGGCAAGGCCGUGAGGGCAGACGACGUGAUGGACCUGGAGGAGGGGGCCAAGUUGCUGAUGCUCUGAUAUGGCUUCUUAUGAUGGAGGAGACGCGAGAUCGAUCUCUGGCCAACCUGGCGUUGGAAAAAGAGGAUAGAGAAAUGUCUUUUCUUUUCUUUUCCUAGUAUAUAUAGAACAUGCUUAUAUGAUAGUAUAUAAAUCAUCACCACGAAU